UUUAAUCAAUGCAACACAGUGUGUAAGUGACAGGGAGGAGGAAGCCUUCCCCAGAAGCAGGCUCAGCCACUGAAACUGUCCCCCAAAUAAAGCUGGGGACAUCUGAUGUGACAUGCAAGCCACAAGUAAGAGCAGCCUCCUGUCUACUGCUGGGGAAGUGUCACCAUGAAGGAGAAGAGCCAUCCAGCUCCCUGAGCAGCCACAGGUCACCUCUGGGUCUUUUCUUCUGUCAUUUUGGUUUCUAUUGAGGGAACAGAGGGCAAAGAGGAAAGUCAUGCCCAGGCAACCCUGAUGGUACGGUGAGCAAAGAUGGCAUACAUACAGUUGGAGCCAAUAAAUGAGGGUUUCCUAUCCAAAAUCUCUGAUCUGCUGCUAUGUCGGUGGACGUGCAGAAACUGCUGUCAGAAGUGUUACGAAUGCAGCUGCUGCCAGUCAAGUGAAGAUGAAGUGGAGAUCCUGGGGCCCUUUCCUGCUCAAACACCACCAUGGCUGAUAAAUAAUCGCAGUGAAGACAAGGAAGGAGAUUUGGACAAUGCAACAAGUGAGCCUCCUUCGACUCCACAGGAAACAUCACCUGACAGAAGACGAUCUUCUUCAGAUACAUCCAGAUCUACAUAUAGUCUUACUAGGCGCAUUUCAAGUUUAGAAUCCAGAAGACCAAGUUCUCCAUUAAUUGACAUUAAACCAAUUGAGUUUGGUGCAUUAGGGGCAAAAAAAGAAAUUGUGCAACCAACCGUACUGAGGAAAACAUAUACCCCUGAGGACUAUUUUAGGAAAUUUGAACCCCAUCUGUAUCCUGUCGAUUCCAGUAACGAUGAUGUAGACUCAUUAACAGAUGAUGAAAUUCUAACCAAGUAUCAAUUAGGCAUGCUGCAUUUUAGCACUCAGUAUGAUCUGCUUCACAACUAUCUGAUUGUCAGAGUGAUAGAGGCUAGGGACCUACCACUACCCAUAUCUUACGAUGGUUCCAGGCAAGACAUGGCUCAUUCAAACCCGUAUGUGAAGAUAUGUCUACUGCCAGAUCAGAAGAACUCUAAGCAAACUGGAGUCAAACGUAAGACUCAGAAUCCAGUAUUUGAGGAGAGAUACACUUUUGACAUCCCAUUUUUAGAAGCCCAAAGAAGAACAUUGCUGUUGACCGUGGUGGAUUUUGACAAGUUUUCACGACAUUGUGUUAUUGGGAAAGUCUCCAUGCCGUUGAAUGAGGUUGACCUUGUGAAAGGAGGACAUUGGUGGAAAGCUUUAAUACCAAGCUCCCAGAAUGAAGUGGAGCUGGGAGAGCUGCUUCUGUCUCUUAAUUACCUGCCAAGUGCUGGAAGAUUGAACGUGGAUAUUAUCCGAGCAAAACAGCUUCUUCAGACUGAUAUGAGCCAGGGAUCUGACCCAUUUGUGAAAAUCCAGUUGGUUCAUGGGUUGAAGUUAGCAAAGACCAAAAAGACAUCUUGCAUGAGAGCUACCAUUGAUCCUUUUUACAAUGAGUCCUUCAGCUUCAAAGUUCCUCAAGAAGAACUUGAGAAUGCCAGCUUGGUCUUUACAGUGUAUGGACACAACAUGAAAAGCAGCAAUGACUUUAUUGGCAGGAUAGUCAUUGGUCAGUAUUCAUCGGGCUCCCCAGAAUCCAACCACUGGCGACGUAUGCUGAAUUCGAACAGGACGGCAGUGGAGCAGUGGCACAGCCUGAGGUCCCGUGCAGAAUGUGACAGAGUAUCACCAGCCUCACUGGAGGUGACGUGAGAUCCGAGGGAAGUGGCGUCACGCAACGCUUAGUCGCAAGGAACCAUGGGAUCGGGAGCCGUUAUUCCUCUGCUUCUGAUUGAACGGCGGCAUUUAGCCUAUGUGCCUCAGUACAUAUUCAUGAUGCAAAUCAUGUGUUAAAUGUUGGUCUAAUCAGCUUGUUCUGACCGCGUCUUGCGAUUUGCUGAUCAUCCUUAUAACUUUCAAGGCCUUGCACACCCAUCACAAUCUCUAAUCCAUCCAUCGCGAGAAUCAAAAGACGUAGAGAGCUGUGUAUAAAAGUCCCAAAAUCUGGACUAUUAGUGUUAAGACGAGCCUGUGGGGCGCUGUCAUUCAUCCAACCUAUUGUACUCCAUUUAAAGGGAGAUCUUGGUAUAUGUAGUCUAAUUUGUGAAUGUGGUAAAAAAAUUAAAUCAUGAAAAAAAAAAAUAUUGAAAAUACGUGGCACCUCUCCGAAAUGCAGUUUCCUCCUUAUACGUUAAAUUCUAUAUCUGUUGACGUAUGUGCGUGAGUAUGUUUGUGCGCUGACACAUAUCUAUAUUUAUAUACUUGUUUAUACAGUAAAAAUACAAAUCCGUAUUUAUAGAUAUUGAUUGGAAGAUAUCUUAAUAUAUCAAGAUACAUAUAUAUAUAUAUAUAAUGUUAAAAUAAAGCUAUAUAUUACAAUAAAGCAUAUGUGAUUCAAUCGCCCAGGAUACUGUAAUGCAGUGAGAACAUGUGGCCAAUGCAGAAUAAUUAUCUUUCCUCUUCAGAUGCACAAUUACCCUUCUCUUACUGUCGUCUCUCAUGAUAUGUCUGCUAUGUUACAUAAUUGCAUUCCCCAUUAAAUAUCAAUUCUGGAGGCUUUUUUUCCCUGUUCCUCUGUUAUUCCACAGAAAUGUAUCAAUUAAUUGUAUUCCUACACAGUCAGCACUAAUUGGACAGUGUCACAGAGUAUAGAGAUACCCCCCCAACUGGUAACACCCGGCUGUCAAUGUAGCCAUAAAGUUCUAGCAAGAAAUCACUGAAAUAAAUAAAUAAAAAUACAAAUAAACAAUGAUAAAUAAAUGCAAAGGAAUAAUCAAAUAAAUAAUAAUAAUGAUAAAUAAAUAAAUAAAUAAUGCAAAUCAAUAAAUUGGAUCCAUCACUGUAGAAAAAUGCCCCAAAAACAUCAUUUUUAAUACAUAAAUUAAAACCGUGUUGCAACUACAGAUCCAUUGGGCCAGACUCUGCCAUACCCUAUAAUUAUCCACAGCCACAGGGAGGCGUACGAUGUUCAUUUUGUGGUGUGGUGUUGCCAGGAGAAAAUGAGCAAGCCCUGGGUUUGCCCUACAUUGAUAGAUCACUUGCUUCGAACCUGUGACCCUAUAAAAUAAUUUCAGAUGAAUUUUCACCAGUUAAUCUACUGGUUAUCAUCACUAGGAAGCAGGAAAGACCAUUAACAAGGGUUAGCUAACUAAAGGCCACAUAUGGUGCAGCCAGGAGCUGGUUUACUCAUUGAACUUCUAGUAGGAAUAAAAGAGGAAAACAUGCUCCAGAAUUGCUAUUUCAGGGAGAAUACAAAGAUUUACUAAAACUGACAUGUCAGGAGAGCCGACAGGUACUCUUUAAAGGGGUUCUCCGGGACUUUUAUUCUGGAUAGUUCAUUAAUAUUGAAUCAGUGGAGGUCUGACACCAGGGACCCUCGCUGAUCAGCUGUUCGAGAAUGCACCGGUGCUUGCAGUGGCCUUCUCUCAGUUUAACCUAGGCCAGUGACGUCACGUUUAUCAGUCACGUGGCUUAGACGUAGCUCAGCCCCAUUGAAGUGAAUGGAGCUGCGCUGAGAUACCAAUCACAGCCACUAUCAAGUGGACGGCGCUGUGCUUGGUGACCUGAGAGAAGGCUGCGGCGCUACUGAGAGCAUAAACAGCUGAUCGGUGGGGUCCCAGGUGUCAGACCCCCAUCAAUCACUCCACCUCUGGAUAGGUCAUCACUAUAAAAGUCCCAGAAAUCCCCUUUUAAGAUGGGAUAUGACUUUAAAGGCAACCUGUCACCACAGAUCUGCAGGCAGUCUGUUAUAAAGCAGGAGAAGCUGAGCAGAUUGAUAUAUAUAGUUUAUAGGAAAAGAUUCAGUAAAACUUGUAAUUUAUCCAUUUAUGCUUAAGAGUCAUGUGGGCGGUCCUACUCAAUGACUGACAGUUAACUGUGCAUGCCCAAGCACACAGGGAAGGCUGUCAAUCACUGAUAGGACCGCCCAUAUGACUCCAGUGCAUAAAAAGAGCUAUAAAGCUCUUCCUGCUCUAUAACCUGCUGCCUGCAGAUUGCACUGUAUUUAGUGGUGACAGGUUCUCUUUCAAGAUGUGUAUUGAGGCACAUUAUUUAAGAAAAAAAUACAAGAUACCGUUUGCAAGUCUAAUGCUUGUGCUUGAAUUUUUUUUCCAAUAUGCAUUUCAAUAGCAGUCUGUGAGCACUGCUCAAUGCUGUAUUGUAUAGUUCA